AUGCCAGAUUUGUAUCAUCAUCUCGAAUCUUGCCACCAAGUCUACUUCCGCAAUUCCCCUAUAACUUGCUCGAAGUGCCGCGAGGACCUCUCGACAGACAAGAAUGGUGCCCCGCAUCAUCAGUCGCAAUGCGUCCGUACUACCGCGGGAGAAUCAGGCAUUAUGCUCGUGUCAGAGCUGAAACGAUGCCGGCAGAACAAUGUCGGUAAACAUGCCGAGAAAGCAUGGGUUCACUACUCCACCAAGAAUGAUGGCGACAGACCUCCAACCUCACAACUGAACAUCGCAGGGCCCGCACCAACAGUGCCUUACGGUACACAGUUCGUUUCUAACUUGUAUCAAGAUGGAGUACAAGUUGCACAGUACCAGCCAGUGCCAAGAGUACGAAACGCGAAUUCCCAGCAACUACCACGACAGGACUCCAACCUACAGGCCACUCAAAAUGAAGCUCGAUCUGGAAAGAAGCGCAAGAAAUCUCAGCAGGCUUUACCACAGGCUACUCAUUCGCAACUCAAUGGGAAUGGAACUCUUGCUCAUCAUCAGGAACAAGUGAAUCAGUAUGCACCACAACCACAGGCCUCCCAUCUGCAGCUUGCACAGACGAGUCACCAAAGCCAAAAUUGGGAACAACCGCAACAAUCUCGCGCCGAGCCAGUCUCUAAUUAUUGGACCCAAAGUUUAUCUUUUGAGCAGCCACCAUUCGUUUCUAGUCAUCAACCGUUCUACGGCUCGUCUGGACCUAGCAUGACACCUGGGGACAUUUCUAGCAUGCAGGGAAGCUCGAUAAACCAACAUAGUCUCGAUGUUCCGGAUCCUCAAUCUCAAGGAUAUUCGACGAGUAAUGAAUUCAACAUCUCCUCCAAUUCGCUUCAGUCCAAUAUGAUACCAGCGGAGAUUCCAAGCGAAGUGACAGGAUCUAUGGCACCACAGCACAUCGGUGUUUCUCAGCCGCAACAUCUGGACGAAGCGCUAGUCCACUUCCAGUCUAUCAAUUGGGACGAUUUGCUGAAGGACUACCUGAACCCCUGA